UAAUGGUACCUGCUAUCUGUCAUAGAACUUUAGAAGGUAGCAAGUUUCCUCACGGACUUAAAUAUAGAUUUUAAGUCUGUGAUUUUAUGACAAGACUGUGAUAAUACAGCUGUUAGGUCCAACGUAAACAAAUGAUAGGAUAGGGACUUUUCCAGGUUCUGUCUGUUUGACAAAAGGCGCCAUCAUCCGGUUAUAUAAUAAGAAUUGUACAUAAUCAUUACGAUAAUGGGGAAGAAGAAAAAGUAUAAUGACUUGGAGAAGCUGAGAGGACUUGUCAAUCCGACAGCAACAGCCGUUAAAAAGUCCAUAUGUUCCGUAGGCUUUAUUUUGUCGGCCAUCAAAGUGCUAGCUCUAGUGUUGUUUUAUUACACUUUCUCUAUUGGCCUUACAUUCUACAAUAAAGCCUUCAUUAACCAUUUUCAGAUUCCACUUUCUUUCACACUCUCUCACCUCAUCAUUAAGUUCAUAAUGGCUGGAAUGGUGCGAUGGAUUGUAGAAUGUAGGACAAAGACAGAGAGGGUGACUCUCUCAUGGCGACCAUACUUACUUCAAAUAGCUCCAACAGGCAUGGCCAGUGGCUUAGAUAUUGGACUGUCCAAUUGGAGCUUUGAGUUCAUAACUGUGUCUUUAUAUACCAUGACAAAAUCAUCUGCUGUGAUAUUUAUCCUGGCUUUCUCCAUAUUAUUUAGAAUAGAAAAAGCGAGAUGGUCUCUGUCCAUUGUUGUUCUGCUUGUGUCGAUGGGAUUGUUUAUGUUUACUUACCACUCAACACAGUUCAACCUAGAAGGAUUUAUCAUGGUGAUGUCAGCAUCUGUGUUGUCGGGUCUUCGCUGGGGACUGGCUCAAGUUGUUUUACAAAAGCAAGAAAUAGGAUUAUCAAACCCCCUGGACAUGAUGUACCAUGUACAACCAUGGAUGAUCAUCGUUCUUUUACCUCUUGCUGCUGUAAUUGAAGGCAUUCCCCUUGCUACAACAUCAAACUUUUUCCGUUUCUAUGACUACGCAUUAGUAUCUAAAAACUUAGCUAUGGUGUUUGUUGGAGCAAGUCUAGCUUUCAUGCUGGAAUUUUCAGAGUUUCUAUUUGUAGGUCAAACGUCGUGUUUGACCUUCUCGAUCUCAGGUAUUUUCAAGGAGUUAUGCACUUUGUAUUUGGCCAACAAGUUUAAUGGCGACCAAAUGAAUACCAUCAAUAUGAUUGGCUUACUAGUAUGUCUAUCGGGCAUCACGCUUCAUGUCAUUUUAAAGGCUUUACACAGAGAGGAUGCUAAAAAAAAUCUGAUGAACCGAGAGGAGAGGAUGGAAAUGAUUCGUAGUGAAGGACAAGAUUCAGAUGAAGAAAAUGAAGUAUUCAAUGCCGUAAGGGAUAGAUAGCAGUUCUGAUUUAGAUAGGGAUAUAUUUUCAAU